CUUAGUCAGUUGCCCAGUCGAGCAGUUGCAGCUGCUUUGCAGUCGCUGGAAUCGAAAUAUAUAUAUUUAUCGGAGUAUAUCAUAUUACUAAAUCGGAGCUCAUAUAGGCAUCGCCAUGGCGCUGGAGGCGCUCGUCACGGCUUUGGCCUGUCUCAGCACCACCACAAAUGCCACCAGCAAUUUGCCAGGAAAACAAUUUUCCGUGAUAAUGAGAAACUCGGCGGAGCCCUUUCUCCUUGCUGAAAAUGAUACUGCUAGCUGCCCCGUAAGCACCUUGGGUGGCCUAGCUCUUCGCAUACAAUCCAUGACGGAUGAACUGGAUACUCUGAAAACUGAACUAAACGAACUGCAGGGGUUGAUAGAGGAGUAUAAAAAUCAGGGCACAGGAGUUCCCAUCGCAACAAGAUUACUCCGCCCAUUGCCAGCUAGUGUACAGACCUUUCCCCUUUCCCCUGCCACGCCCACCGACGACACGCCGAGGAAUUGCCACGACGAAAAGCACGGCCAGGUGAGGAUCCGGAUCGCUCCGGAUGUGGAGCCCUUCUUCGCCAGCUGCGAUCAGAAGGUGCGGGAUGGCGGCUGGAUGGUGAUCGCCUAUCGGUACGAUGGCAGCGAGGACUUCAAUAGGGAUUGGGAGAACUACAAGUCCGGUUUCGGGGCCCUCAACGCGGAGUUCUUCAUCGGACUGGACAAACUGCAUCGUCUGACGAACAGCGAGCACCACGAGCUGCUCAUCAUCAUGAGAAACCAGAAUCGGGAGGAGCGCUUCGCCCUUUACGAUCACUUCAGUAUUGGCAGCGAAUCGGAGAAGUAUCUUCUAUAUGUCCUUGGGACCUACAGGGGGGAUGCGGGGGACUCGCUGCGCUACCAUGCGGGCAAGAAGUUCACCACCCGCGAUCAGGAUAACGAUGAUAAUGGCCAGAACUGCGCCAGGACCCACGCAGGAGCCUGGUGGUACGGAAGGGAGUGCUUCGAGAGCAACCUCUUCGGCACAUUUCAGCCAAAGUACGGCCAGGAGAUCGGCUACUUCAAGGGCAUCCUGUGGAAGACCUUCCUGCCAGGACCCACCGGUUCGCUCAGCUACGUCCGCAUGCUCAUCCGACCGCUGAGGAAGUCGUAGGGGAAGCAAAUUGUGGCAAAUUCAAUCGCCAAGACCUCUUAGACGCCAUAGACUACCAUAUUAUUACGAUUAUUGCGUAAUGCAAGAUACUUGCCCGAAUAGUUCGGCAAUUGCUUGUGCAAGCAUUUCUCCCGUUUGAUCUGCUGGGCUGAUUGCGAAUGGGUUUUAAUUAUUCCAAUUAUUAUAUAUAUUUCGCAUUAAGCGAUGUUCAAUUAAUUGGCGUACAAUACGCAACACACAUACACAAACAGAGAGAUUGGUGGGGAAAUAAUGCCGCUCAUUAAUGGCAUAUUAUCAUGAGAAAUUUUCGUUCUGCUCAUUUGCAUACAAAGGGGACAAAAGGGAGGGCCCAUUGCUAAGCAACGGAAAUUGUUUUCUCUAAAAAUAAGCAUAUGCAUUUGCCAAUGCUAAUGAUAUCGAACGGCCCGCACUGCGUAUGCGUAAUGUGGGAGCACGGGGCGUAUGCGUAAUGCGACUGUCAUUGGCACCUAGCCCCCUCCACCUUCCACUUUCGCCUAAGAAUUACGAGUAUGGGAAAACUUGGUCCUCCCCCGCCGGAAUAAAUUUCAUAAAUUUCAGCCAGAGCAAUUGAAUGUGGAAAAGGGGGCGGUAUGGGGACGACAUCCGGGAUAAAGACGGGGGCAAAUAAGCUCCUGUGCAAUUGUGUGCCAAAUUCAAUAAAUAACAAGAGAAACUUGGGAGGCCAUGGGACAUGGCGAUUGGAAAAUACCCUAAUCAUGCCCAUUAAACGACUUUACAUUUCUCACUUACCCAGAAUCGUAUAAAUAGUUAUAUUAAAUAGCAUGCACAAGAAUAAAUUUGAAUUGACUUAUGGCUCAAUUUAAAUAUUCAUGAAUUUUUAGAGAAAUCAGUAACGAUGUGGUUAGGUAUUGUUUAGAAAUUUAAAAUAUACAAGCGUAAUAUCAGUUUUACACAGCUGUUUGAAUAUCAUUUUUAUUUGUAUGAAAGCUAUAACUAACCCUAAACAAACUUCUAUAAUAUGUUAUAUACAAAUGAUUUCAAAUAACGUAGAUAAAAAUUGAUAUGAAUUAAAAAA